UAAUGGCGACCGUGCCGUAGAUGUGCCUAGGUUUGUGAAAAUGAAGCGAAGAAGAAGUUAUUUCUUUUAACUAAAACGCCGAGGUUCCCCGGAGGAGGACUUUGCGUCUACAACCAUCACCUUUAUAAGUGGUAAACUUAGCUGUACUUUUCAACUUUUGUGCCCUUUUGAAAUGAUGAAGCUCAAGUCGAACCAAACCCGGACGUACGACGGGGACGGCUACAAGAAGCGGGCCGCCUGCCUGUGCUUCAGGAGCGAGACGGAGGAGGAGGUGCUGCUGGUGAGCAGUAGUCGACAUCCAGACAAGUGGAUCGUUCCUGGAGGGGGCAUGGAGCCCGAGGAGGAGCCCAAUGUUGCUGCAGCUCGAGAAGUGUGUGAAGAGGCCGGUGUGAAGGGGACUUUAGGUCGCUUAGUCGGAGUAUUUGAGAACCAAGAGAGGAAACACAGAACCUACGUCUACGUUCUUAUUGUAACAGAGCUGCUGGAGGACUGGGAGGACUCAGUCAACAUUGGGAGGAAAAGGGAAUGGUUUAAAAUAGACGAUGCCAUACAAGUGUUGCAGUGUCACAAGCCCGUGCAGGCCACCUACUUCGAGGCUCUCCAGGAGAGUUGCCUGACCAGUAACGGAACGCCUUUGGUGGCCACGAUAGGCGGGGACCUCUCCCCUACCUACAGCAUCAAUCAGAGCUCCGUCUCGGGUAUCAGAUAACUAAAACCCUAACUCUGACACCUCCUGGGAGCUUUCACCACCACUUGCGCUCUUACUUGUGUCAUUUCUCUUCUCUGUUCUUUCUCUUUUCUCUUUGCUGUCUCAAUAACAUGGUUUGCCUUGCCAACUCCUUUGUGCCAGAGCGGCGGCACAGACUUGAUGACAAGUGUUGGUUGAAUAGUCUGAAACACUUUGUAAAUGUAAAUGUAAUUUUUGACCCCUGUUCUUUUUUUUUUUUUCUUUUUACUGACAUCUGCAUGAAAUGUCCCCCCCCUCAUUCUCUUUCCUUAACGCGCCCUUAGCGUGGUGUUUAUUGAAUGCAAGAACUACUUUUUACUGUUGUAAUGUAAAAGUGUAUACUUAGUGCUUAAGCUGAAGGCUUUUGGUGGUCUUUUUAAAGUCUCCUCCAUUUUCUUUUCGGUUAUUUUUCUGUGAAUGAAUGUUCCCAUUAGUGUACCCCCUCCCCCCCUGUUAAUAAGGAUAGGAAAUGUUGUCUGUAUCUGAAUGAUCAGAACUGUGGGAAGUGUCUUGCAUGAGCACUGUUAUGUUGUGUCUCACUCGCUCGAGUGACCUGAUGCUGACUGUGCAACAGACUUGUGGUAAGGUCUCUUCAUUUGCUCCUUAUCGUGGUUAUUGAUGUCUCUUUAAUCAGAAGGAUACGGCCCCUUGCUAGUUUUUUCAAGUGUCAACUGUGUUUCUCUCUUAUUUGGGAAGCGAGCCAAGCACUACAGGUUUCACUCUCCAACAGCAGAUAUAUAUACUGUAAAGAGAGAGAAAGAAUGUCAACACAAUGUCAAAUGAACCACCUUUCUCCUCAGUGUCUUUACCUCCUUUUUAAUCCUUUUUCCUUUUUUUAAAACUGAUUUCUUGUGACUGACUACAAAGUCUUCCUCCAAACACAGAGGGUAGAAGUAGAUAUAAAAAAAAUCAUGGACUUAUUGUAAUUUCAAAAAAUGCAGCACAUAUCACUUAAGUUAUUAAAACCCAUUUCCAUGUUUUACUCCUCACAUUCAGUUUGGUUAAAUUGUUUACACUGUGUUCCUAAUGGCACAGGUGACUUUAGUGGGCACUCAUUAUGGUCUUUUUUUUUUUUUUUCUCUUUCUUUAGUAUUUAAUCUGCAUCCCC